AUGACUGCAGUUCUUAGAUCCGUAAAAUUCUUAAACUUUACAGCGCCUACCUCAGAAAACACGCAUUCUUAUUUUAAUAAGGUUCCAUCUCAGUAUUGGCAAUUAAAACAUUAUCUGAGUUUUUGUUUAAAAAACGACGAAGUAAUUUUACCGUGGUCAACUGUGUACGACGCUUGGCAAACGUCUCUUAACUUUAUAUCGAAAAACUGUAAUAAAAGAUUUCCAGGCUGUGUGUCCAGUUUCUGUACUGAAUUAUGUAACAUUUGUAACACUUAUGAAGGCUCAGUCGUACUUGAGAACUGUGAGAAAUUUUAUGAAGAAUUUUAUCAACGGAGUAUUGACCUGCAAUUUGCUGAGAGACUUCGGCUUCUUGAAUUUACAAUAUUCUCGGAACAUAAUUUGACAAAAUACUUAAGAAAAUCGGACAAAAAACGAAUAGGGGAGGAUAAUGAAGAACCCUCGUCGUUUAGUGAAAAACGAAUUCGCCGUGAAGAAUAUAAUGUGGAUAAUUAUGUGCUCAAAGAUCACACGGCUAUAAGUUUUUCGGAUGAAGAGAGUGAAACCGAAGAAAUUUCCCAACCAGUAACUGAACAAGAGGAAAAUUCUCCAUUUAAUACGUGGAUUCUCACAACAGGGAAAAACGUCUCUCAAGUUUUGGAGGACUUUAGAUCAAAAAUUCCAAAACCAAAGGCUUACCUAUAUCCCGCGUUCUUUGGAAUACUUGAUCUAUCUGGUGAAGAUACGGAAGUUAAGAAACUGUUCACCGAUGAUGAAUGGUCAGAAAUGAAAAAUGAUUUUAGCAAAACGGUGGAAUUUAAAGAUAUAAAAGACAAUAAUAAGCCGGAAGGGGCUAAUAACAGCGGUGGAGAAAAUACCACCACCACCAGUGAUACAAAUAAAAAUACGACAACUAAUACUAGUAAUGAAGCAAAACAGCGAUCUCAAGAAGAAAUGUUGUACGACUUGUUUGAUAAAAUCCAAGAGGCUAUUAGAAAGAAGCCAGAUGAUCUAAUCACUGCGAUAGAAAAAUGCACAAUUGAGGGAAAUCCAAAGAUCAAUUCUAUACGAAGACUAAUCCAAACCUACGCCUAUAAUCUGGAGAGACUACAAACCUCGAUUACAAAGGCUAUAGGAGAGAUACAAAGUAUUGCAUCUGCAUUCAUUACAAAUUCAAUGAAGAAACCAACAGACAGGUCUCUGAUAGGACAAAAAUGCGAUUUUAGGGUUACGUCUGACGGAUUUGAAAUGGUUAUUGGGUUACGGUCUGGAGGAUUACCAGAAGCCUGUAAAUCAAAGAAGUUGGAUGAUAAGAUUGAUCUGAUGGUCGCAAUGCGUGAUGUCUUAUUGCAGGAAGCAAUCGAAAAUAACGGAGUAGAGUGUAUAGAUUUCAAGCAAUUAUAUACAAUUGGAGUCCACUCAUAUGGCUUUUUUUAUAACGUCUAUGCCAUGGAUUGGAAAUCAAGAGGGUUGUGGAGGCUAGGCUUACUGAAAAAAACAAAGCUACCACAAUCAAAUUUACAAUUACUCAUAAUUGAAAAAUUAGUCGUAACAUUGCUACGAAUUGAGUCAACACUCAAUCAUAUUGAAACUAUUCGGAAUGACUUAGUAAUGAAAGCAUCAAGAUUACAUAGAAAAGGCCGCACUUCUAUCAUCCUUAAACAAUAUGCAGUUUGUGAACAACGUGUAAGGCGGAUACGUAUUCUAAAAGACCUUUAUAAGGACUAG